UCGAGUCCGAAGUAAGACGCCCUCAUCUACGCUCCCUUUCCGCGACUGACGCCAUGGCUUAGAUGGCCCGGACCCAGAAAAACAAAGCCACUUCUUUCCAUCUCGGUAUCUCGCGUAUAGCCUCCGAUCGGUCCGCAUACGUGCUCAUGCGUCGCAGGUCAAUUGAAGGCAAAGCUUGCUAAGCUCAAGAGGGAGCUGCUCACUCCUAGUUCGAGCGGAGGCGGUGGUGGCGUUGGUUUCGACGUCGCUAGGACGGGUGUCGCGAGCGUUGGCUUCAUCGGUUUUCCGUCCGUGGGGAAGAGUACGCUUAUGAGCAAACUGACUGGUCAACAUUCGGAGGCCGCUGCCUACGAGUUCACCACCCUUACUACUGUCCCUGGCCAAGUGGUCUACAAUGGCGCCAAAAUCCAGAUUCUCGAUCUUCCCGGUAUCAUCCAAGGAGCCAAGGAUGGAAAGGGUCGUGGCCGACAAGUCAUCGCCGUUGCAAAGACGUGCCACUUGAUCUUCAUUGUCUUAGAUGUGAAUAAGCCGCUAACCGACAAGCGCGUUAUCGAGAGCGAGCUGGAGGGCUUUGGGAUUCGAAUCAACAAGAGUCCGCCGAAUAUUGUAUUGAAAAAGAAGGACAAGGGCGGGAUCAACAUAACCUCGACCGUCCCUCUCACGCAUAUCGACCAUGAUGAGAUCAAGGCCGUGCUGGCGGAGUAUCGUAUGGCCAAUGCGGACGUUGCGAUUCGAUGCGACGCGACCGUGGACGACCUGAUCGAUAUAAUAGAAGCGAAGGGUCGAAGCUAUAUCCCGGUGAUAUACGCCCUCAACAAGAUUGAUGCCAUCUCCAUAGAGGAGCUGGAUCUGCUGUAUCGAAUUCCGAAUGCCUGCCCAAUUAGCGCAGAACACGGCUGGAAUGUUGACGAAUUGCUAGAGCAGAUGUGGGAGAAGCUGAACCUCGUCCGGGUUUACACGAAGCCUAAGGGCAAGAUGCCUGACUACUCCGCUCCAGUCGUACUCCGGUCUACCGCAUGCACCGUCGAGGAUUUCUGUAACUCAAUCCACAAGACCAUCGUGGAACAGUUCAAGCAUGCCAUCGUGUACGGAAAGUCUGUGAAGCAUCAACCUCAGCGCGUGGGCCUAAGCCAUGAGCUCGCCGACGAAGACAUCAUCACCAUCAUCAAACGCUAGAAGACGCCAAGGGACUUGAAUCAUGACGGCAUCCAGUCCCUGGACCCCAGCAGCAGGUCGCGAGUGGUGCGAGAGGCUUUACAGGAUGGCUUAUGUGUCUCAAUCCCGUAUCAAUGCUAGAUGUUCCCAUAGGAUGGCCGCGAGCGAGGCGAAGCUCCAGGCCGGCUUUCCGUGUUGGCUUGGGCCGGGGCGCAGUACUAAAAGCAGUCCAAAGGCAUCAGCACGUUUAUUUCGGUCGAAGCAUUUUGCUUACACGGCGAUCGCAGCACUCAUUCGCCAGGGCUCUGGCGACUACGGCAAAUCAACGCUUCCCGAGAGCUAGUCAAUACAGGCCGUCGUCUCGAUGCCGAGAGGCGUAGGUGCCGCAGCGGGCCUCGUGGGUAACGCAUCGACGGAGGCUAUUGGAACGGUCUCAGCAUUGUUUUUCCCAUAUUGUGAUCGGAAAUUCAGGAAUACGAC